GGGAGACUUCCCGUGGGGGAACACUCGUAGCAGUGACAUAAUUAUUUUGCCACGUUGCAAUUCAGUGCGGAAAAUCGAGUGAUCGUGCGAGCUGUUGUGGAAAUGUUUACGUGUCAACCUGUGUUAGUCGAUUGGUCAGUUAGUGUGAGCCUGGAAGAUUUGUCCGAGCAUCCGUUUACAGACGGAAAACAAUGGGAACCUAAACCUUGCGUUUUACCCAAAAGAUAUAUGGACUUUGCCGAGCAAAUAAGGAACUUCGAGGUGUUUGAAGAUGAUGUCUGGAUUGUUACGUUUCCCAAAUGUGGAACUACAUGGACACAGGAAAUGGUAUGGUUGAUUGAUCAGAAUUUGGACUACCAAACAGCUAAAACGAUCAAUCUCAACGAUCGAUCAGUCUUUCUUGAACUGUUCAGCACCUUUGAUCCAAUGGAUGAUACAAUCACGUCAGCAAGAAAUCUCCCGAGACCUCGCCACAUCAAAUCACACCUUCCGGUAGCAUUACUCCCGAAACAGCUGUGGACGGUGAAACCAAAAAUCGUUUACGUUUCAAGAAACCCGAAAGAUGUAGCCGCAUCAUAUCUGCACCAUUAUCGUGGGAUUGCAGGCUAUCGAGGAACGAAGGAGGAGUUCUUCGAAAGAUUGCUAGCCGAUGAGAUUGAGUACUGCCCACAAAUCGCACACGUACUGGAAUUUUGGCGCAUCAAAAACCACCCAAACGUAUUGUUCCUGACGUAUGAACAGAUGAAACGAGACCUGCGGAAGGUACUUCCGACGGUGUGUGAUUUUUUCGGAAAGAAAUUUUCCAACGAGCAAUUGGACCUACUUGCAAAGCAUCUUUCAUUCGAUGAGAUGAAAAAAAAUCCUGCAACAAACAACGUCGAACUCGUGCAGACCAGAAUGAAGCAAGAAGGAAGAGAGGGUGAAUCCUUUGAAUUCAUGAGGAAGGGACAAAUUGGAGACUACAAAAACGAACUCUCGUCCAGCUUCAUCGAUCGUUUCGACGAAUUCAUCGAGAGAGAGCUACGUGGUAGUGAUUUCAAAUUUGAUUGCUAAAUGAAACCGCCCACAGAUGUACUGGUCACAUAGUAGAAAACCACGCCGUUUUGCGAACAUUUGAAUUGGUGCGUGUUUCUGAUUAUUUACAGGUUGACUGUUUACAUUAAGUUGUGCCUCAAAAGCGGAUUCAACGACGCAAAAUUUCGGAAAUAUCAAAUAAAUGAAAGAAGGAAGUAGAAGGAAUGUUAAUAAAUAAAGAUUAUCCGAUUCACCUUGAUUGUGCUUAUACUUUGAAGACAUUGCGAU